UUUUGAGUUUGAGAGUUGAUGAAAAUGGCUUCUUCAACUAAGCUUUUCUCUCUCACUCUUUUCUUUCUAGGAAUCAUUGCACUAAGCAAUGCUCAAAGCCUAUCUCUCAAAUACUACAGCAAGACAUGUCCAAAGGUUGAAUACAUUGUGAAGAAAGAAACUAACAAAAUCAUUUCUGUUGCCCCAACUCUUGCAGCUCCCCUCCUCCGGAUGCAUUUCCACGAUUGCUUCGUUAGGGGUUGUGAUGGUUCGGUGUUGAUAAACUCAACAACAAACAAUCAAGCUGAGAAAGAUGGAUUUCCCAACCUCUCUCUAAGAGGGUAUGGAUCCAUUGAUAGAGUGAAAACUGCGGUGGAGAAGGAGUGCCCCGGUGUUGUUUCUUGUGCCGAUAUCUUGGCGCUGGUCGCGCGUGAUGCUACUGUAGCUCUUCACGGACCUUUCUGGGCCGUGCCACUAGGAAGAAGGGAUGGGAGAGUGUCACUAGCCAAUGAGACUUUAACUAAUCUUCCACCCCCUUUCUUCAACAUCACUCAAUUGAAAGCAAGUUUUGCCUCCAAGAACUUGACCACAAAGGAUCUAGUUGUCUUGUCAGGAAGCCACACAAUCGGAACCUCCCACUGCUCUAGCUUCAGCAACCGCCUCUACAACUUCACGGGUAGAGGCGACAGCGACCCCUCAUUGGACCCCAACUACGCGGCCCGCCUGAGGAGCCGUUGCCCCCCGGCCGACCAGACCACCCUCGUGGAGAUGGACCCGGGCAGCUUCAAGACGUUCGACGAAGACUACUACACCCUCGUGGCCAAGAGGAGAGGCCUAUUCACCUCGGAUUCGGCUCUUCUCGCGGAUAGUGAGACUAGGGAGUAUGUUCUUCGACAAGCAAGAACAAAGGGCUCCACUUUCUUGGAGGAUUUUUCGGAAUCCAUGGUGAAAAUGGGCAAGAUCGGUGUGCUCACAGGGAGCCAGGGUGAAGUGAGAAGAAGAUGUGCUUUUGUUAAUUAGAUAAUUAAUUGGUUUGUUUGAUUUGUUUCUGUCUUAAUUCGGAUAGAUAUCAUGAUGAUCCAUUUGUUUUUUCGUUUUGUUAUGUUUUUUGUAUGAUUGAGUGAGUUGC